CCAGAACUCCUCACCUCACUUCAGCCUCAACGCCUACCAAACUUACGCAGCCUCUCCAUAACUGCGAGCUGUUGCUCCUCCUCCCGAGCUACCAUUCUCCGUCGAUCUCCUCCAGGCUGUAGCGCGCUGCCACGCCCGCCCAUGGCCUCGGGCUCGAAACCGGACAGCAUGGACACCGACCCUCUUGGCGGCGGCCUCUCCAUCGCCGUCGAGCGCAACCCGCCGGAGUCGCGCCUGCAGCAGCUCGGCGUCAGGUCUUGGCCCAAGUGGGGUUGCCCGCCGGGGAAGUUCCCGGUGAAGUUCGACGCGCGGCAGACGUGCUACCUGCUCAAGGGCAAGGUGCGGGCGCACAUCAAGGGGUCGUCGGAGUGCGUGGAGUUCGGCGCCGGCGACCUCGUCGUCUUCCCCAAGGGGCUCAGCUGCACCUGGGACGUCGCCGCCGCCGUCGACAAGUACUACAAGUUCGACUCGUCCUGACGGCUGACGCACAUCGCUCCCGGCCCGGCUCCGCUGAUUUGGUCCCGAUUAUUGGUUCGGCUGCUCGCUUAAUUGUGAUGAUUAGCUUAAUUUCCUAGCUAAUUUGGUUACAUAUAGCCCAUAGCCUUCUCUGUCGUGUAAAAAAACUGGGAGGGAUGCAGCGCAUCUAGCUCCCGCGUAGCGUAGCGCGUAGGCCAGUAGAUAUUCAUCCGGCAACUGAAAAAAGAAACCCGGUCAAUGCAGGGGCUGUUCAAAGUACCCCUUGUUUAUUCGUCCGAGUGCAAUCCAUCUUGGAUGCUUCUUUGACCAGCGCCCUUGGCCUGCGUUGUUUUUUUUAAUAAUACCUCUAUCUUAAAAUAGUAGUCAUUUU